AUGUCCUUCUCCUUCGGAACUCAGGCGACGUCGGGGGCACCAUCUUCGUCGACGCCUGCACCCUCGCUGUUCGGUAACCAGGCCUCAACCCCUUCGAGCGGCUUCUCCUUCGGCAGCGCACAGAAAGACAAUGCUGCAGCUUCAGGGCAACCUGCCGCGUCCGGCGGUGGUCUCUUCGGAGGGGCCAGCGCCUCGAAGCCAGCUGGCUCUUCGCUGUUCGGCGGUGCCUCAACGACCAACGCCUCCUCAUCCAGUCCUUCGUUGUUCGGCGGUGCUGCAUCGACGGGAACACCUCCAGCAGGCGGUGCAAGCUCACUGUUUUCAGGACUGAAUAAGCCCGCUGCAUCGCCGUCCAACAUGUUCGGCGCGGGCUCCAGCACUCCAACUCCCGCAGCCGGGGCCGCGACGACAGGAGCAAGUCCAUUCGGUGGCGCAUCUUCAACUGGGGCUGGUCUAUUUGGUGGUGCGAAACCUGCGGCCAGCUCCACCCCGUCCACAAGUGCCAGCACGGGCAACUCUUUGUUCGCAUCAGCCGGACAGGCGACUCCGACAAAGCCAAUGUUUGGCGGUCUAGGAUCCACCACUCCAGCCGGGGCUCCUCCCUCCGACUCAGCCAAGCCAACACCCAGUCUCUUCAACCAGCAAGCAGGUGGCCAAGGGUCACAGGCCAAGGGCCUAUUCGGCGGAGCAGCAGGAGCAUCACCACAACCCAGCUCCAACCUCUUCGGCAGUGGAUCGGCUUCUACGCCUGCGUCGCAACCUCCUGCAAGCAGCUCUGGAACCUCGAACAUUUUCGGUGCCAAACCUGCUUCCACUGGAGCGACCGAGAAGGCUAGCCCGUUCGCUGCCUCCACCGGUGGCACCUCGUCUCCAUCCCUCUUCGGUGUCGGCGCUUCUGCAGCUAAACCAGCCGAGAGCAGCACCAGCAGCAAUCCCCUCUUUGGCACGAAGCCUGCCUCAACAACUACGAGUACAACUCCGGCGAGCACUGCCGCAGCGACUACUGCUGCUGCUGCUGCUGCUGCACCCUCUAUCUUCCCGAGUCUGGGCGGUUCUGGUCUUGCUACUUCGGCAGCACCAUCCAAGCCAUCGUUGUUCCCUACGGCCGCGUCGACCGCCUCGACAACAGCGCCUGCUGCCGCCUCGGCUCCGGCCUCAACCCCUUCUUUGUUCUCAGCUGCCACUACGACCGCACCCGCAACAUCAUCUAGUACGGCGGCACCAGCUACCAGCGCUCCCUCUCUCUUUGGCGCAAAGCCUGCUGCCACCACGACCAGCACAUCUGGUACCACCGCCACGACAACGACCACCACUCCACUGGGAAGCGGAGCAGCGCCAAUACCUGCUGCUGCUGGCACGGACAAGGCCGCGACCCCGGGAGCGGCUCAGAACAACAUGGCGGCCUCAACCAUGGGUCCUCCCUCACAACUGCCCAGGCUGAAGAACAAGACCAUGGACGAAAUCAUAACACGGUGGGCCACCGAUCUCCAGAAGUACCAGAAGGAGUUCAAGGACCAAGCCACCAAGGUCGCAGCCUGGGACCGUCUCCUGGUUGAGAACGGCGAAAAGAUCCAGAAGCUCUACCUGCAGACUCACGACGCAGAGAAGGCCAGCAACGAAAUCGACCGACAGCUGCAGUCCGUUGAGAGCCACCAAGCGGAACUGGAGUCCUUCCUGGACCGGUAUGAAAAGGAGGUCGAUGACAUGUACUCGAAGCAGAUUGGUGGAAACGAGCAGCUUGCUGGGCCUGAUCAGGAGCGCGAGCGAACUUACAAGCUUGCCGAGAACCUGACGGAUCGGCUGGACGAGAUGGGCAAGGACCUGGGCAAGAUGAUUACCGAGAUCAACGACAUCUCGGGAUCACUCAGCAAGGGCAACAAGCCUGAUGACCCGCUCAGCCAAAUUGUUCGUGUACUCAACGGCCACCUACAGCAGCUCCAGUGGAUCGACACCAACGCUUCUGCCCUGCAAGCCAAGGUGAACGCCGCGCAGAAGGCCAGCAAUAGCAUGGGUAGCAAGUACGGUAACCCUGACAGCGAUGCGGCGGACGGCUUCUACCGAUCCUACAUGGGACGGAGGUGA